AUGGCGCACCAGUCGCCGAUGAUCUCUGUGCCGCGGAAGGUGACAGAUGAAGUUGACUGGACGACGCCCAUCCGGAACGCAAUCGCGCACUCGUACGGAGAGGAUCCGGAUAGUUACGCUGCAGAGUGCGCAUCACUACAGCGAUGCAGACAGGACGCAGUAAGAGGUGCAGGUAGUGAUAUCACAGCGCGGGACUUGCUAUAUAAGUACUUCGGCCAGCUAGAGCUGCUCGAGUUGCGCUUCCCGGAGAUCCGCGUCAACUUUCCCUGGUGCGAUGCAUUCACGACCAAGAAGAUCGUCCAAACGUCUCUGGCGUACGAGAAGGCGUCUAUCAUAUUCAACAUCGCCGCCACGCACUCUGCCAUCGCAUCCUCCCAGGCGCGCUCGGACCCGGAAGGCAUCAAGCGCGCUUUCUACUACUUCCGCUGCUCGGCAGGCAUGCUCACGUACAUCAACGACAACUUCCUUCACGCGCCUAGCACGGAUCUCAGCCGCGAGGUCAUCAAAUUCCUAGUCGGGGUCAUACUGGCGCAAGCGACGGAAGUGUUCUUCGAGAAGUGUAGGGACGAGAAGAAGGCAAAUGUACUCCUCCAGAGGGUGGCCAGCCAGACGGCCAGCAUGUACACCUCGUUGACGGAGGAGGUCAAGGAGUUCAUGGGUAAAGGCAUCUUUGACCGUAAUUGGGUAACUGUCAUCCAGACUAAGGCCAAAUACUUCACUUCCCUCACGCACUACUACCGCGGUCUCACAGACCACACAGCCGGCAAAUACGGCGAUGCGCUUGUCCGGUUCCAACUAGCUGAUACCAAUGCGAAGGAGGCGAACCGUAUCGCGUCGAGCUUCGGCACGAUGUUCUUACCGCAGAUGUCUCCGAACCUUCCGCCAGACGCCGGCCAAUCUCUCGCGGACUUGCUCAAGGCGCACGCGGCGCUUAUGGCCGAUAAGAGGGCAGAGGCGCAGAAGGACAACGACCUGAUUUACAAUGCUGUACUCCCUACACCCGAAACGCUACCGGCGGUCGAGAAGGCGGCCGUUGCUACGCCUAUACCGAUUCAGGAAGUCUAUGGCGCGCCUGAUGUCCAACGCGUCAUUGGACCAGACCUCUUCUCCCGCCUCAUUCCAUUGGGGGUACAUGAGAGCGCGUCGGUCUACUCGGAAGAGAAAGCCAAGCUCUUGAGAGGAGAGAUCGAGCGAGUUGAGAUCGCUGAUGGAGAGACGAGAAGCGCGUUGGAUGCGCUCGGUAUUAGGGCUGGCCUUGCAAGGUUCAGGGCUAUGGUGGAGGGCAGCGUCGCUGGCGAGGACGAGUUACCGACAGACGUACGCCGAUGGAGGGAGGAUAUCACGCUCAUCGAGUCGCGCGAGCCUGUUCCUGCAUUACUCGAUCGUUUGAACAAGGCGCGCGAUAGCGUACGAGGGGCACUGGAUGGUAUCGGCCGCGACCUCGAGAUUGAGAGUCGAGAUUGCGAGGCAGCGCGCGUCAAAUAUGACCAUAACUUCACGCAGGCGCCGAGCGCUGGGUUUACGAAAGAGAUCCGCGGAGAUCUCAAGACCAACUAUGACGCCCUCGAAGCUGCCAAUGCGUCUGACUCUCAGGUUCUGGCACUCUGGGAAGCAGUGAAGGGCGAUAUCCAACUGCUCAUCAGUGGCGAGGUCGAGAACGUGUUCCGUAACUCGGCUCAAUCCGGUCAUAACCGGCGCGAGAGCUUAUUGGAUCUUGAUAUGGAGAAGGACGACGGAGAGAGGGCGAAGAUCGCUGGAUAUGUCGAUGAGAUUGAAGAGAGGAUCGGAAGGUUGAACAAGAUUGAACGGGAGAGGAGCGAGACGCUCAAGGAGCUCAAGGAGAAGAUUGUGAAUGACGAUGUCUCGCAUCUCUUACUUCUCAACCGCCGUAACCCGAACGUCGAAUCAACCAUCUUCGCCGCCGAGCUCGAGAAGUUCAAGCCAUACCAGCAGAAGUUGUCUUCGAGCAUGACCUCACAGCAAACUGCUAUCGCUGAGGUCACUCAGCUGUGGCGCGGUCUCCGCGAUCUCGCCGGCCGAGGUGAAGGCGCGCGACGUUGGGAGGAGCGCGAACGUCGUAAAGCUGAUGCGACGCGUCGUUUCCAACGCGCUCGCGACGGAUACAUGGAGGCACGUGACGGCGCCGCGAAGGGACUGCAGUUCUACUCGGAGCUCAGCGCUCUGGCGGAAUCGUUGCGCGACGCUGUGAAGAGCUUUGUCGCCGAGCGAAUGAGGGAGCGUCAGUCUAUGAUUGGGCAGGCCGAGGCGAAACAGAGGUUGAGCGAACCUCCUCCCAGGCCGCCGCCGCCGCCCUCAAGCGCCGCUUCGGGGCUGGAAAGAUCAUUUGGGAGCAUGGGUUUAGGUAACAGCGCAUCGCCUCCUCCAGCGAAUUGGGGUUCUCCGAGCACGCCGGGUCUUCCGCCACCGCCACCGCGCCCGGUGCAACCAACGUACUCAUCACCUAGCCAACCUCAAUCCUCAUAUCCACCGCCCCCGGUACAGGGCCAGAGUCCAUACCCGCCACCCCCGCCCACGCAGGCGCCGUAUUCGCCACCUCCGAGCCAGCCGUCAUACGGGCAAGCUCAGGCAUAUGGUCAGACGCCCUCCGCACCGCCGCCUCCGCCGCCUCAACAACGUGAUCCGUACGCUGCACUUGGGAACAUGAACUUCGCUUCUCCCACGCCGCCUCCGCCACCACCGUCUCAGCCACAACGACAGUCGACCUUCCCUCCGCCUCCGUCAACGCAGGGCAGUUACCCGCCUCCACCGCCUGGCCAGCAAAGCUACGGUCCGCCUCAGUCUUAUGCUCCACCGCCCCAGCAGCAGCAGCAGCAACCACAGUAUGGUGGGCAGCAGUCGCAGUACGGAGCGUAUGGCGCGCCGGCACCGAGCAGACAAGAGUCGUCGCCAUUCCCACCGCCUCCACCGCCUGUGGGAUACGCUCAACCUCAGCAGCAGCAGCCGGCGUAUGGUGCGUACGGGACGCCACCACCGCCAGCUCAGCAGGGUUAUGGGCAGCCGCAGUAUACGGGACAGACGCAGCAAGGACAGUACGGCGGAUACAAUCAGUAUCAGCGAUGA